AUGGUAGUCGGACUCAGCGUUGGUAUAGGCGGAUUCGUUGGUAUACUACUCGCUUUUUGCAUCUGUUGGCAGAUUGUGUGCGGAUCGUGGUGUGAUGAUGAAAAUAAACGUUCUUCUGUACGACCAGCUCCUGCAAGGCAUCAACGAGAAAGAGCACUAGCUAGCAAACAACACAGCUUUGUAUCGACAGUAGCACCCUCGAUGACCUCGACUGCGUCGAUUCCGAGUUCUUCGAAUGACUUGGCAACUGAGCAAGUCAACAAACAUUUCGUUGCCUAUGUAAUCGGUGAAUCUGUUCCAUACGACAAUAAAACCAAAACAUAUCUCUGGCUCGAGGCAGAAGAGUUGCGAAAGAAUAAAGAUUACUAUAAAAUUCAAUGUUUAAGCAGAACAAAUGAAAAUGGCUGCGAAGAUUUUCAGCAAGCUACAUGGGGCUAUUGCGAGAGUUCAAAUGAUAAUAGUGGCUAUUCAAUACUACGAAGACAGUUUUUAUUAAAACUUGCCAAACACGAAUCCGUUCAACUUUCUCAUACGUCAUGCUGCUGGGCGAAUUCUGUGGGUCAAAGAUUUCAUUUCGACUUAAUAACUGAAACACAUUCUACACGAAUUAAUUCAUCACCUUAUCCGUGCAUUCCGGCAUCAUUCUAUGUGAGUCUCGCACAGCCAAAAGCGAUUCCAUUGGUUAUAUACGAUCAAGACGGUGAUGAAAUUGUUUGCGAACCGUUCACCGAGAAUUAUAAGAAGUUUUUAACAGUCAACAUCGAUAGUACGUGCAGGAUGACAUAUGAAACGAAUCGUCCCGGGAAACAAUUUGGUCAAUUCUGGUUAUUGGAUAAAUACAAUAAACAGAAUCUUUCGCGAUCUUUGAUCAGUUUACAAGUUCAUGUUUUGAAAGACAUUCUCUGCGAAACACAACCGGACAUUUUCGUUCAAAAUCAAGCUGAUUCAUCGGCAAAAUCGUCGACAAUUAAACUUAAACAAUCCGUUUACAUUUCCGUUCGUCUCAAUCCAAACUGUGCUUUGAUUACGCCCAAAGAUCAAACCAUCACGGAGUUAACAACAUUAUGUAAUAACAAUCAACCGGUUAAUCUAGCCAAUGGCGGAGUUGAAGUAACUUUCCAAUGCACACCGAAUCUAUGCGAAAAAUAUCCAGUAUGUUUUGUUGGCGAGUUUGGAUUGAAACUACCAUCGACAAUGAUUCAAUGCUUUCUGAUUGAAGUUACCGGAACAAAAGAUGAAUGUGAACUCGCAUGGAAAAACUAUGAUUUUGUAACACCUCGUAAUCGUCAUUUUGUUAGUCCAUCGUCUGAAAAUCAACUCCAUCUUGUGAAGACAUCAUCCAGCAGUGUGCAACCCACAACAAUAGCGCCCUUGAAAUCUCGAUCAAAAGGAUGGCUAUGGAUUCUCGUGACGAUUGGUUUCUGUCUUUUCGUUGGAAUUUUUGGUUUGAAGCAAAUCUUACUCAUACUUCGUCGACAAUCAACAAGAAAGAAUUCCUAUCGUUCGUCGUCUCGGAACGAUAGUUUCAUUUCAAGAAUAUCUGACACCAUCGUACAAGAAAGUAAUCCUAAACAAAUGUAUACAGGAGUACCUUCCUUUAAUCAAGAUGAGAAGUUACCAAUGAAGAUUAAAUCUAAAAGUCAAUACAUACGACAAGGCAGGUUUGACGAUAUUGACUUGUAA